UUUUUUUGUACAGAAAACAAGAUAAUGGGAACUGCAAUAUACCUGGUGCUUGGCGCUCUAUCUUUUGAUUUGGCUUUCUGCUUGCAGUGUUAUGUGUGCACAAGCCCAACUGAAAACAGACAAUGCAGAGAUGUCCAAGUGUGUUCACAAGAAACCAAAGGCUGCAAAACAACAUCGUUCAGUUCAGAAUCUGGGUAUCCUUUCCAUGGAGAUGAGACAGUGGUCAGAGAAUGUGCUAAAACCUGUUUUCCUAGCAAUCCUGAUGAUUUGGGGGCAGACCGAACAGUUCACUGCUGCAGCGCUGACCUUUGCAAUAACAGCGGUUUAUUCACUGGAAAUUCAACUUCGUCUGCAUCAACAAAUACUUUUGUGACCAAAAGCUAUAGGGUCUUAGCUUUCUCGAGUUUAAUUGCUUCCAUACUUACUUUUGUAAUAAACUGCAGACUGUUCUAAUCUUCAGUGCUACAGAUGGUGCAACUUUCUACUUUACUCCUAUUAUCAAUUUUUCUUUGUUCUGGACUGUAAGCUUAUGUUCAGCUUUUUGGUUCAGAACCCUGGGUAGCGCUUGUUGAUUGGUGGCUACAUUUAGACACCAAUCAGCAAGCACUACCCAGGUGCUGAACCAAAAAAGGGCUGGCUCCUAAGCUUUCAUUCUUGCUUUUUUAAAUAAAGAUACC